AUGGUCUUAGAAAGAGUCAAGCAGAUGGCAGCUCAACUGACUGGUCAGUUGCCACCACCUCACCCAUUAGAUCCUCUAUCAAGCAGCGAGAUCAAGGAGGCUGUGGAAAUCGUUCGCAAGGAGUACACCGAUGUUUUCUUCAAUGCUGUUACUCUAUGGGAGCCUAGGAAGAAGGAGAUGAUGGCCUGGUUGGCAUCGCCUGACACUAUUCAGAGGCCCCAUCGUGUAGCAGACAUUGUCGCGAUUGGCAGAGGAAGCAAGGUCUUCGACGGCACUGUUGACCUCGAGGAGAAGAAGAUCCUGAGCUGGGAGCUUACAGAAGGCGUGCAGCCAUUGAUUACCAUGGAAGAUCUAAACACAGUCGAGAAAGUCGUUCGCACAGAUCCCAAGGUCAUUGAGCAAUGUGGGAUCAUUGGUAUCCCUCCACAAGAUAUGCACAAGGUUUAUUGCGAUCCUUGGACCAUUGGAUAUGACGAGCGAUUCGGAAGCAACGUUCGUCUGCAACAAGCUCUGAUGUACUACCGCCCACACCCGGAUGACAGUCAAUACACAUAUCCCUUGGACUUCUGCCCCAUCUUCAACGCAGAUACGCAAGAGAUCAUUCAUAUCGACGUACCGAAGGUCAGAAGACAGCUUAACCAAGCACCGCCUAGCAACUUCCACGGCGAAGCCAUCGACAAGGAGAUUGGCCUGAGGACUGACAUCAAGCCAAUUGAUAUCGCGCAGCCUCAGGGUGUGUCGUUCGACCUGGACGGACGUACUAUUAAAUGGCAAAAUUGGUCUGUUCACAUUGGCUUCAACUACAGAGAGGGUAUCGUCUUGAGCAACAUUAGCUUCAAUGACAGAGGCAACGUCAGACCAAUCUUUUACAGAAUGUCAUUGGCCGAGAUGGUAGUACCAUAUGGUAACCCUGAGCAUCCUCAUCAGCGCAAACAUGCUUUCGAUCUCGGCGAGUAUGGCGCUGGUUACAUGACCAAUAGCCUGUCGCUUGGCUGUGAUUGCAAGGGAGCCAUUCAUUACAUGGAUGCCGAAUUCGUCAACAGAGCAGGUGAUGCACAAACUAUCAAGAACGCCAUCUGCAUCCAUGAAGAAGAUGCUGGCAUCUUGUUCAAGCACACUGAUUUCCGCGAUGAAUCGUGCACGGUGACUCGAGGCCGCAAGCUCAUCAUCUCGCAAAUCUUCACUGCAGCCAACUACGAAUAUUGUGUAUACUGGGUCUUUAUGCAGGAUGGUACUAUCCAGCUUGAAAUCAAGUUGACUGGCAUCUUGAAUACAUAUGCGCUCAACCCUGGCGAGCCGGCCGCUCCUUGGGGAACUGAAGUCUAUCCUGGAGUCAACGCACAUAACCACCAGCAUCUGUUCUGCUUGCGUCUAGACCCCAACAUCGACGGUCCAAGCAACACCAUCUUUCAAGCUGACGCAGUACGAGGCGACGGCGAAGUCGGCAGCGCAGAAAACUACUACGGCAACGCCUUCUACGCCAAAAAGACAGCACUAAAGACCCCUGCUACUGCAAUGAGCGACUACGACGGCAAUACCAGCCGAACCUGGGACAUGGCCAACACCAGCAAGAUCAACCCCUACUCAAAGAAGCCAGUCUCAUAUAAGCUCGUCAGCAGAGAAGUACCUCCCCUCCUACCCAAGGAGAACAGUCUCGUGUGGAAGAGAGCAGGGUUCGCCAGACACGCCGUCCACGUCACCAAAUAUUCGGAUGAUCAAGUCCACCCAGCCGGUCGCCACGUGCCCCAAACCUCUGGUGAGCCCUCCCAAGGUAUUCCCGCCUGGAUCGCCCAAGAGCCGGAGGCAAACUUGGAGCAGGAAGAUGUGGUUCUGUGGCAUACUUUUGGUCUGACCCAUUUCCCUGCUCCUGAGGACUACCCUAUCAUGCCUGCAGAGCCCAUGACUGUGUUACUUAGACCUCGCAACUUUUUCACUCAGAACCCUUGUAUGGAUGUGCCUCCUAGCUACUCGAGCACACCGACUCAGAUGGCAGCUGGCAAGGGAGGUAUCAAGGGUGUUGUAGAUGGUAUCAGCAGAUUGGCAUUUGGUGAUGCGACAAAGGGUGGAAGCAACGACUGUUGUGGCAAGUAG